UACCUGGAUUUCCUGGGAUUAUAUCUACCACAAUAAGUUUAGCCAUCCUCAAUCGAACUUUGAUACUGAUGGAUAUAACAUAACAGUGAAUGAAUUGUCCAAUAUUUUUGAUGAAAAGAAGAGAUUUAAUAGCAGCAGUCAUGGAAGUUAAAGUUUUCAUAGUAUUUAGUGUUCUGUUUUGUGUUGUCAGAUUUUUUCCCAUGAUAGCUGACGCAUCUUUUAUCGAAAACAAUACCAAUGAACUAUACAACAAAAAUUCAUAUCUCCACCUAGUAUUACGUCAUAAGAGAUCAGUCAAUAAUACUUCCUCAGAUGACGGAAGGAGUGCGAUUGAAAAAUUCUAUGAUGAUCCAAAUAAUAAAGCCAUGUAUUUGGUGUUUCCACUGUUCGUCCUUAUAAUCAGCACAUGUUGUGGUCUUUACUUUUGUGAUAGAUGUAGGAAGCAUUUAAAAAAGAAAAAAGCCGAAGAAAGAAAAAAAGAAAGUGAGCUACUCGAAAAUCAAGAACAAGACGAAGAGAACAAAGCUUCAACAUCUAACAGUAUUGACGGAAAUAGCAGUGAUUUGAACAAAUCAGCGCAGGAAAAUGGGGUUGCAAAUGGUUCAAUCGCAUUGGAAAUGGCAGGUGAAAUAAACCGAAACGAUACACCACUAGAAGAUGUAGAAAACAGUCCCGAAGUCAAAGCAGUAAACGCCGUUCCUAUCAAACACAGGGAAACUAGUUUUAUGACAGAUGUAAAAAAUGCAAAUAAGUAUGAUGUAGAACCGCCAUCCAAAAAUUCAUCUAGCUUGGCAUUUACUGAUGACGUCAAAACAAAUAGCAGUGCUCCAAAUGCUGUUGCUGAUGACACAUUAAAUUCGGAUACAAAUCGUAAUACUAUUAAACAUGAUUCGAGAAUAGUUAAUAAUGAAAGUUUGAAAAAAGAACAUGUCGCAAAGAAACUAAAAAUGAACGAAAGUUCAAAAGACAGUAGGGUCGUUCCUGAAUUAAAGACAGAAGUAUCAAAUAACAAUAACUCUGACCAGCAAUCUGAAGUAAUAAAACCUUUACCAACGACAAGAGAAAUACAAGUUAGGAAUACACACAGACGAGACAGUUUCAAAUCAGCAUCAACUGUACAAAGCAAUAAAAGUUUAGACAGAAAAUCUAACGGUACACGAUCUAGUGCUGCAUUUCACGAGAAAACAACUUUGCCUGAUGUUACGAAAAGUUAUUCUAAAAUGGACAGAAAAUUCACUGCACUGUCCGCUGAAGCUAUAGGAGAAAUACUGCAAUAUUAUAAAGACAAAAAGCAUAUGCCAGAUAUUAUUCCAGAUGAAGAUGAAAAUGCAGCUCCUAUAAGGAAAAGAUUCAAAAAGGCAAAAUACAAAGUUUUUAAUGGCUAGCACUAAACGUAUUCAUUGGACAGUUUAAACAAGAAAACUAUAUUCGUAACAGUAUUGCUUCAGCACCUGUGAAUGCAACUUCGAGUUGCCAUUAAUUCUGCAUUUCAAUAGUUUGUAUAUAAACUACAUAAAAUUUAGCAGAUGUAGAUUAAUGAUAGUGGCAGUCACAUAUCAAUAUGGCGUUCAAAAUUGGAAAGAAUACAUGGUCAGUUCAAAAUAAAAUGUCCAUGCAUUCGCCAAAACUGUUAUUUUGUACGACAUUAUUAUGUAUGCAUUAAAUAACAAUAAAUAUAUUUAUAUUUUUCAAAAUUUAAAUCUUCCACUCUAAAUAUUCUAUAUUGUUUUACAUUUAUAUUCGUGCAUUCUCUACAAAUUUGAUCAGAAUAAUCCAAUAAUACACCGAGAAAAGUCACUGCUACAGAAGUUAUCCUUAACAAAGUAUGACAAUAUUGACAUCGUAUCUUUAAAUACGAUAUGUGAUUUUUGCGAAACUAACAAAACCGAUAGGAUUUUAAAUUAAACAUUUGCCUUUUUCUGAUUGACUACAAUCACAAUUUUACAUUAAAAACACACAGUUUAUUUUUUUUUACAUCACAGUAUUUCAGAACUAAUACACGUAUGAAUAGAGGCAAGAAUAUUUUUACGAUAUUCAAAACUUAUAAAUCCAUAUCAAGUUUACAAACGCCCAGAAACUCCUGUGGAAUGAUAUGAACUCCAAACUGAGCGUUUCCCAAAGUCGAUUGAAAUAUUUUCUUAGCCCAACAUAGAUUUGAUUUUGUAUAUUUGUUGUAGAUCUAGAAACUACUAGCAUCUCAGGAAAAACGGCAAGCUGCCAAUAGUGUUUAAUUUUAAGAUUUCCAUUCUAAUAUCUGAUAUGAGCAACAGCCCAAAUAAUGUCUAAUAUAAAAAUGUUGAUUUAGUCAAACAUCUUUUAUGUCUAAUGCUGCUGCUUAUAGUUGAUUUUACCAAAAUUGUUAGAUCUUAUGUAGUCUAUUAAAUAAUAAAAUUAACAUUUAUUUUUGAAUCGAUUAAAGAUUUUUUUCUAAUUUUGCAAUUAUAUUGGCCAAACUUGCUCUUUCAUAUUGACUCCUUGUAUUGAACCGAUUCUCUAAAAUAAACGACCACUUAACAUCUAGUAAGUUUAAAACCGUUAUGAAUGUCAUAUCAUGUCAUUGAUGUUACAAAAGAGAGGAAAGAUACCAAAAGGAUAUUCAAAAACUCAUUAGUCGAAAAUUAACUGACAACGCCAUGGCAUUUAUAUAUCCAUUUUUGUUGUUUUGUAUUGUUCAAUUUUGUAAAUUUAUGUGUAAACGGGUGUAUUUACACAGUAAACAUUCUUCUUAUUAUAUACUUAUUUGAAUUUGAGCAUUUAGUUUACUCAGACUCUCUGUUAUAUUGCAAGCACUUAAAACUAGUAUACAUUGAUGUUGUGCUUUUAUUCAAUUUAUAGGUUACUUCAUUUUAUAGAAAUGCCGGCGUGCGGGUUUUUUAAAACGUUUUCCUUUCUGAAACGUUUACUCAUUAUUACCAUUCGUAAGUCUUGAAGACAGUCUUAUCUGUUUAAAAUCUAUGAAAUAGUAUAAUAAUUAUAAAAAUGAUACUGAAAAUAAUGAUGAUGAUAUUAAUAAGGAUUGCUUAAGUUUCGUGAAAGAAUGUUAGAUAAAUUGUGCAAGUGAAUAGUCAGUCCAAACCUUUACCAUAUCUAGUAUGUAAUUUUGGUUAGUCGAAAAUCCCAAUAUAUUAAUGGAAGUAUUGGGUCUAAAUAAGCUCGGACAGAUUAUGUCAUAUAAUUAUCAUACAUAUAUUAUCUUUUAAACCUUUUCUGUAGACCACGUAAAUGGGUAUGGAUAGAAUAUGCAAAUAAUGUAUAUUUUUAUUAAAUUAUCUAUUAUUUUAAAUCUGCACUUAAUAAUAAAAAUGGUCAGCAAUUAUAUGGCACAUACACACAAAAUGCACAAAAUAUAUAGAUUACAAUAUACCAGGAGCAAUUGCUGUGAUACACUAUUAUUGUUUUGUUUUCAAAAUAAAUAAAAUAAUCGA